CGAAUGCCCGCAGGAGCCGCUGGCCGCCUGCAAAGAUGUUGCACUGGAAUGAGGAAGUGGAGUGGCGAGGGGAGGGACUGAGAGCGGAGCUGCCUCCCGUCGCUCUGCUUGGCCGAGGAGCAGCAGCAGCAGCACAUGGAACUGGAGGGAUCUGGGCGAGUUGUUUGCAUCCAGCUCCGGCCAGAGCAGAUAAUUUGAGGAAAAUGGAAACAGAUGAGGCUCAAGAUAUGUCCCAAGUUUCUGGGAAAGAAAGUCCUCCAGUAAGUGAUGCUCCAGAUGAUGCUGAUGAGCCCAUGCCUGUACCAGAAGAUCUUUCAACCAGCACAGGAGGACUGCCAAAUUCUAGGAAUGAAAGAGUUUUGGCUGCAUAUGGGGCUGAAGGCUUUAGGGACUUUCACACCAUCAUCCCCAAAUCUUUUUCUCCCAGUAAUAUUAAAGUAGAGGCACAGAGUGAUGAAGAGAAUGGGCGUGCCUGUGAAAUGAAUGGGGAAGAAUGUGCAGAGGAUUUACGAAUGCUUGAUGCCUCUGGAGACAAAAUGAAUGGCUCACACAGUGGCAGCAAAGCCAUGUCAGGAGUUGGAGGCAUUCGACUCCCUAACGGAAAGCUAAAGUGUGAUGUCUGUGGGAUAAUUUGCAUCGGUCCCAAUGUUCUUAUGGUUCACAAGAGAAGCCACACUGGCGAACGCCCCUUCCAGUGUAAUCAGUGUGGGGCAUCCUUUACUCAAAAGGGCAACCUUCUCCGCCACAUAAAGUUACACUCCGGUGAAAAGCCCUUCAAGUGCCACUUGUGUAACUAUGCUUGCCGUCGUAGAGAUGCUCUUACGGGCCAUCUGAGGACCCAUUCCGUUGGCAAACCUCACAAAUGUGGAUAUUGUGGUCGGAGUUAUAAGCAGCGAAGCUCUUUGGAAGAACAUAAGGAGCGCUGCCACAACUAUUUACAAACCAUGAAUCUUUCAGGUGGCCUCUAUCCGGUCAUGAAAGAGGAAACCAACCAGAGCGACCUGGCCGAAGACCUGUGUAAGGCAGGGUCAGAGCGCUCCCUUAUGCUGGACAGACUAGCAAGUAACGUCGCCAAACGUAAGAGUUCUCUGCCUCAGAAAUUUGUUGGUGAGAAGUGUGUAUCUGAUAUUCCCUACGAUACAACCACCAAUUACGAGAAGGAGAACGAUAUGAUGCAAACCCAUGUGAUCGACCAGGCUAUUAAUAAUGCCAUCAGCUAUCUAGGGGCAGAAUCUCUGCGCCCUCUGGUGCAGACACCCCCUGGUGGCUCUGAAGUAGUGCCUGUCAUCAGUUCAAUGUAUCAGCUUCACAAACCCCUUGGAGACAACCAUGCUCGAGCUAAUCAUGCAGCUCAGGACAGUGCAGUGGAAAACUUGCUACUGCUUUCUAAAACCAAGUCCAUCUCUUCAGAAAGGGACCCUUCACCCAGCAACAGCUGCCAAGACUCCACUGAUACUGAGAGCAAUAAUGAAGAACGCAGUGGUUUAAUAUACCUAACAAAUCACAUAGCGCCUCAUGCACGGAAUGGCCUCUCCAUAAAAGAAGAACACAGGCAGUACGACGUCCUGAGAGGAAGCAAUGACAACUCCCAAGAUGCUUUCAAAGUAAUCAAUGGCAGUGGAGAGCAAGUAAAAGUCUACAGAUGUGAACACUGUAGAGUUCUGUUUCUAGAUCAUGUAAUGUAUACCAUCCACAUGGGCUGUCAUGGGUUCCGUGAUCCUUUUGAGUGUAAUAUGUGUGGCUAUCACAGCCAGGACAGGUAUGAGUUCUCUUCUCACAUAACUCGAGGGGAACACCGCUUCCACAUGAAUUAAAACUUUUGCUGUAUAUAGUAUUUGCUCAUACAACGGGAGCUACAUGAACAGCAGCCACAAAAGAAAAAGAAAAACACAAUGAACAGGACAGCAUUCAAUAAAAUAUAUAUCAGAAAGCUGGGCUGCCAGAAAUGAACUCUUCUUGUAGCAUGCACACAUGAUUCAAUUUUAUAUUGGUAAUAGUGGUUUUUUGCAAACAUAGGUAAUCAAAAAUGUUAGUGUAGUAAACAAAAACUUUUUAGUUAAGUGGAAGAACCUUUUUCCUGCUAGCAAUAGCUUCUUGCAAAAUCCCACUCCCUCCCUCUCCUCCCAUUAAAGGCAGUUAAUUGUGCACACUCAUCUCUGAAUUUGACUGAAAACUAGAAAGACAAAAUUAGCAUGUUUUUAUGCUGAUGUUUUGAAAAUAUACUUUUUACACCAUAAAACUUUUCGAAAUGAUUUGUAAUGAUUUGGUAUAUUCACUAAAUCAAUAAUCUAUACUUAGAACAUGUUUUGUUUUUCUACCAAACCCUUGUCUCAACAGAAAAAUCUAUUUUUUUCUAACUGAUAAGACGUGAAUGCCCUGAUCACAUGAUUCAGUUAAUGGCAGCUGAGUAUGGCCAGAAGAAUUUAAAGUUGUGUUGCUCUGAAAAUAAAGCAGCAAAGCUGCUAUUAUGUUCAUUAUAGAUACCAUUUUCAUGAGUUACUCAAAGAAAAAUCCACUUCCACCAAUUAAUUUGUGGGAACAUAAAGUUCUUUGCCCAAAUCUAGAUCUUUCAAGUAAAAAUAUCUCAAGGGCCAAUGACUUAGUUCUAGUAAAACUGUAAACUGAUCUUAAACUGAUUCAGUGUAAAUCAACUGCAAAGUCUGACUAGAGAAAUACAAAAGAGCCUAUUGCAAAGGUUGGAACCAUUAUAGAUGUACUGUGGUAUUUCUAUCUACUUUUGCCUUAUGGCAGUGCAGUGUUCUGUUUCUCAUGCAACUGAGUUUAUAAAGCAACUUGGGAUCCUGGGAAGGGGCAGGGCAGUGCUGUUUAACAAUGUUUUCUUUUUCUUAAAAGCACAUGACCAUCACUUGUGCAAUUUUUAGGAAUAGUAGAAAUAAAUUCCAUUUUCACUUAUGAAUGUUGAUGCUGUUAGCUUUUAGUUCUACUGGUUGUGGAUCAUAAGAUGAUAAAUAACACAUGGCAAACUACAUAUACGCAGUGUAGCCUAGUUUCAUUUGGUUCAGUUGCAUAAGGCUGUUUCAUACAUGCCUGAAGUUUUUAUGUAAAACAUGCCCAACUGGGAUGACGCCUUUUUUAUAGAUCAGUUUGGCACAUUAUUGAUAAACGGCCCAUCUUAUUGCUGAUUGUAAAAUUGAUGAUGAAGUCCCCACCAGUACACUUGUUUAAUGUUUUUGUUUGUUUUAAUGAUGCAUCUAUUAGAAAGCAGGGAAAACUACAAAGUUGAGGUUAUUUGGGGGAGGUAUUCUUUUGAAAAACUCAGUUAAAUCAUAUCUGCAAACCUCAUGCUGUGUUCAGUUUGCACUCAAAAGUGCAUCUUUUGUUUUUAUAAUAGUUUUGCUUCUGUACUUCAACCUGAAGAAUCUGUGUGCAUCAACAUAGUAACAAUGAAAGGUUGUUCACACAUUAUAUAAAUCAGGUUUGUCCCAGAGUAUAUGCUGAAUAGGGAGUCACAACCACUCCAGGUACAUUAAUAGGUGAACUUACUUUACCAAACAACAUUUGUCAUUCUUAUACUUCACACAUUUUUAGCAGACAUUUUAAAACAAUGACGUAUACGCCUAAAAAUCUGAAUGUGCAAAAGCUACCUGUAUUACCUCCCCUUUAUUGGCCUCUUCUGUACCUGGCUUUUAAAUUUGUGAUUUCUAGAAUUGGUUUUUCACUGCCAUGGCUUCACACUUGAAGCACAAGCUGCCCAAUACAUGCACACAAUGGUUUUUCUCAUAUGUGUGGAUUGAUUGCA